CACAGGGAGCAGUCGGACUCGGCAAGCGAGCUCCGCGCAGACCCAGUCGGGAGGGAGGGGGCGGCCCGGGGUUUUUGCCAGGAUUAAGGGCGAUGACCACACCCGCAGGCUCGGGCGCGGGCUUUGGCUCCGUGUCCUGGUGGGGCCUGUCCCCAGCGCUGGACCUGCAGGCUGAGAGUCCUCCUGUGGAUCCAGACUCACCGGGCCACACAGAGCACGGGACCCCCGAGUUGCACGUGCUGCUGCUGGGCUCCGUGGAUGGGCGGCACCUGCUGCGGACCCUGGCUCGGGCAGCGCUCUGGCCGCGCAGGAGGUUCCACUUCUAUGUGCUGGAGAAUAACCUGGAAGCUGUGGCCCGACACAUGCUGAUCUUCAGUCUCGCGCUGGAGGACCCUGAGAAGAUGGGGCUGCAAGAGAAGAGCGAGACCUUCCUGGAGGUGUGGGGGAACGCGCUGCUGCGCCCCCCGGUGGCCGCCUUCGUGCGCACCCAGGCCGACCGCCUGGCGCGCCUGGUCCCGGAGCCCGACAGACUGGUGGAGCAGCUGCCCUGGCUCAGCCUGGGCGCCCUCAAGUUCCGCGAGCGCGACACCCUGGAGGCCAUAUUCCGCUUCUGGACUGGCGGAGAGAAGGGGCCCCAGGCCUUCCCCAUGAGCCGCCUCUGGGACUCGCGGCUGCGCCACUAUCUGGGCUCCCGCUACGACGCCCGGCGCGGCGUCAGUGACUGGGACCUGCACAUGAAGCUGCACGACCGUGGGGCCCGAGUCAUCCACACCUGCGAAUUCCGGCGUUGGAGGGACACCGGCGUUGCCUUUGAACUCAGAGACUCCAGCGCCUACCAUGUGCCCAACCGGACCUUGGCGUCCGGGCGCCUCCUGAGCCAUCGAGGGGAGCGCGUGGCUGCGCGUGGGUAUUGGGGGGACAUCGCUACGGGGCCCUUCGUGGCCUUCGGUAUCGAAGCGGACGACGAGAGCCUCCUGAGGACCAGCAACGGACAGCCGGUCAAGACCGCGAGCGAGAUCACCCAGCACAACGUGACGGAGAUGUUCCGGGAGAUGGCCGCCUGGGGGCGCCCGAGAGCCGCCCAGGGAGACCCCGAGCAGGUGCAAAGCAGCAGGGAUGGAAGCCCGGAGCCCGCAGCCCUGGGCCUGGAAUCCUUCACUAUCUACUUCCUGCCCCUCGGUUCGGCCCAGACUCUCAACCACAAGAGCUGCUACAAGGGGCGGUUCCAGCUUCUCUACGCGGCCUGCGGGAUGGUUCAUCUUCUCAGCCCUGAGCUCGGGGAGUGUGUGGCCCCCGGAGGACGCCUGAUUGUGGAACUCGCCCAGUACCUGGUGGACCUGCGGCAAGAGCAGCUGCAGGGCUUCUCUGCUCGGGUUGCGGAGCUAGCUCAGAAGGCUGGUUUCGCCCCCCACACCCAGGCCAGGCCCUCGGAGACCUUGGCACGCUUCUGCAAGUCCGAGGAUGCUCACCGCCUCACUGUCCCUGCGGGGGAGUCCGGGACUCCGCCCCCUGAGGCCCCGGCCCCGCCCCUUGAAGCCAGGAAUCGGCCCCUUGAGGACCUGACCCAGCCUCCGCAAGGCCCGGCCCCAACCUCUGAGCCGGUCAAGCUGCCGUCAGAGUCACAAGCUUCACAGUCAGAAGUUCUGGCUCCUCCCACAGGGAGUCAGACCCCCAAACCGGAGUCUGACCAGAACCCCAGGGCCCCAGCUCCCCAGCUCUGACUUCUAAAGUCAGGUCCUGGAAUCAGCACCCGCCUCCAGAAGUACACGCUGUCAUACUCAUCAUACUCACCCAUCCCCAGGGUUGUUGCUAGACUUUGAUUCCAUUUCUGAGAUUCUCUAUUCCUGGGAUUCUAGAUUGUUCUCCCAGAGUUCGCCAUCUCAGUCCUGAGACUGCACGUAGCCUAGAGGUCCUGUCCCGGGUCUCAGGCCCUCUGCACGACCCCCUUGUCCCCAGACGUCCCAUUCCUAACUGGUGGUUGGGGGAGUCUGCUCCUCUGGGGUGGUCAGCACCCACGCGGCCCAAGUAAAGAGCUGGGUCCCCUUU